UAAUUCUACAAAACUGCUAUAAAAGAACUCAGCGGCUCAAUAUAAACCUCUGCUGAAAUCACAGGAGUCUUUUAAAACCUCUGCAGGGCAACCUUUGGAUUCCCUCACAGCAUUUUUUGAGACAAUCAUUGCCUUGGACGUUGGGUUGGAGAGAAGAAACCUGAGGAAAGAAAUGAGACAGUCCAGUACCCGAGUCGUACUACUUGUGCUAGGCUGUAUCUUCGGUGCCUACAGUGCAAAUGUCACCAUUGAGUCUAAUCCGCCAAUGAAUGGAGGGUUGGUUCAGACCAAACCAGAGGAGACCGUGUCCCUGACCUGCACAGUCGACGACUCUGCCAUGCCUGAAGAACUGCAGUGGCUCAGAAACAACCAACAAGUCAGUCUGGGUGAUGGAAACCAGUUAAUCACCAGCCACGUGUGUGUGCAGCCAGUCACCAGAGACGAUAACGGAGUCAUCUUUACCUGCCAGCUGAAGUCUAACAUGAACGUCAAAACCUCCAUCCAGUUAGAUGUUCAAUAUCCCCCAACCAUGGGUGUAGAUGAGGAAAUGUGGGUCGAGGAGAAAAGUGAAGCCAGUCUCUCCUGCGAUAUUCACGCUAAUCCUCCAGUAAGUGUAGUCUGGAAGAAGGACGACAAGCUUCUGGAUCUUUCUUCCAGCAACUACAGGACAAGCAACGACGGGUUUACGGCUACGCUUUUCAUUUCCAACGUUAAACGAGGUGUGCACCAGGGCGUGUUCGCUUGCGAGGCCGACUCGGUCAUCACUGGAGUUACCAGAAAGAACUUCAGUAUCACGGUUGUAGACCAAGUGAUGAAGUUCCCUCUUGGGCCUGCAAUCACUGGUGUGGUGGUCAUCCUGUUGACAAUCAUGUUGGCUGUAAUUUCCAGAUGGGAAAAGAUUAUGAAGUGCUUUAAAAAGGACUGACGCUCCAUGAAGUGGGCCAUCGUGUGCAGCCCAUCACAGCCGAGUGCACUGUACUGACAAUCACAAAGAGCACAUGGAUAAACCAAACACUUCAUAUAUAAGGUGUUCUGCUUAAAUAAAAGGUUUAAAUCA